GAGAGAAUCGAUGAUGCCCCUUUAAUACCGAUGCAUCCCUUCGACUGGAGUAAAAUUGGAUUGAAAACAAAAUUAUAUUUCCCGGGAUAUUACCAGCAAAAUCGAAAAUAGUUACUAAAAAAAACUUUAAUGAAACAUUUGUUAGCAUUUUUGUAGUUCGAAAAUCAAAUGCUUUUCGUUACUAUACUGGAACUCGACAGUGAUAUUUUUGUACAUCUGUACCGCAUGAUAUUGAGCCGAAUUGCACACAGCUAGCCCUCGAGAGCUCCACGCAGAUUUUUUAUAUUUCAAGAGCUCUUGUAGUUGCCAAUUUUUUUAUUUUGCUAUUUGACCACCACCUGAAAUCCAAGUAAAAUGAACAGAGGGGGAUUCGGUGGUCCGCGUCAAGGUAAUAACUUCAUGGGAGGGGGUGGAGGAGGAGGAGGAGGACUCAUCCCACACAACAACCCGCCAAACCAUCUAUCGAUUGGCACCAGCACAAACAACCAGGAUCCUGCAGCAAAGGCUUCCCGUAUCUUCAUUGGCAACCUCAACCCCUUGCAUUCUGAUAGGCAGAAGAUCUUUGAGAUCUUCCGGGAGUAUGGCACCAUCACCGGUAUGUCCAUCCAGAAAGGGUAUGGAUUCAUUCAGUUCACUUCAGAGCUCGAGGCCAGAGCUGCAGUGGAGGCUGAGCACGGGAGGAGGCUGGGAACGCACAAUGCUCAACAUCUAGAUUUACGUGUUGCCAGUGAGCCAGAUGAGAACAGACCAGUUGGAUUCAAAAGAGCUUUUGGAGAGUAUGCUAAUUUUGAGUUCUAUGACCCAGGUUUGUUACCUGCUCAACCGUCAGCUGCCAAGAGACGUAGAUUCCAAGAUCCUACAUUGGAUGAUGAAAGGAGUGGAGAUGAACCACCAGCAUGGAUGUGUUCCAUCUGCAAGCACGUUGAAGUCUCACCCUGGGAGCUGAUGAAGCACGCCGCUGCCAUUCACCAGCUGCUCAUCUAUGACCUGAAGGCGGGCAACAAGGGCAAGACUGGCAACGGAACCAUGUAGAGACAAUUCACCUUGCCAACAUGCAGCUUAGAAGAGGUGGGGGGAUACUCUGAAAUGGGGCUGCCGAGGGUGUGGUUCUGUACUAACGCAGCAAGGAAAGGUAGGAAAAGGAAAAAUUGUUCUAUAAUAGUACAUAUAGGCUAGUGUUUUCAAAGAUUCUAUGAAGUCAUGGAUUUGAAUCCUUUUUCUGUAAAAAAAUAAAUAAUAAUGCAUAUAAGUGGUUCUUACUUACAAGUGAAAUAGACAAUUAUCUCAGCCACUGUUCAAAGAUUCAUGUAUACUGUAAAAUACCAUUAUCUUCAAUAGUGAAGAGAAUAUACCCUUUACUCUCACUUGUGUAGUUUGAAUAUAUGCAUCUCUAUAUUUGAAAUAUAUAUGUAUGCCAUUGUGGCGAAAAUGGUGCAUAAGUAAAUGAAGCAUAACGUUGUUUCUUCAAAUCCUAGUAUCAAACUAACACUGGCCUUGUACACAUUUACUCUUUAAUGUGGACAUAUCUAUUAGCAUACAUCCAUGAUCAAAGACUGGAGUGUGAGUCCUUUCCAGUGACAAUAUUGAUAUUUUGAAGAUGUCUUGUUGUAGAGCAAAUGUUAACCAAGAUAAUGGAUUGUCACAAACUUAGUAUUUCAUCAAUUAGUAUAGGUUGUAUACUAAUGAAUGCAUGUUAGUAAUCAUAUCUGAAUGGAUCCAUGUGUAUCAGACAUGUAUGGUAUUAUACAUGCACAUGUAUGCGUGGAAAUGGGUCUAUAUCAUGAUGUUAUCUGUAGGAGUUUACACAUACUAGGCCUUAUACACUGCAAUACUAGAUCAUCAUGUUGAUAUUGUAUUCCUCAUUCUGAUUUCUGAAACAUUUCCUGAGGUUUUAUAGUGUAUUAUAAAAUUAAAAUGAUUACCAUUAGUGACCAUUGUAUUUAGAUAUAUUGAUUCAUUGAUUGAGCAUCUUAAUGAUUAAAUGUUUAUAGCAUGGAAUAUAAUAGACCUAUGAUGUAAAAUAUAAACAAGUAUUAUAAAGGGAAACUGAAUGUAAUGAAAACAAAAAAUAAAUAGCGAUAUAUGAUGAAUAGUGAAUUGUCUGUAUAAAUGUUGGUUAGAGUUAGAUUCAUACUAGUUAGUUUUUCUUUGGUCAAACCAAGCUAGAUAUUUUUUCUUCUUUUUUUUGAUUUUUUUAAUUAUUUUUUUUUAAUUAUUUUUUUUUGUGUAUGAAGAACAUAUUUCCACAUGCACUUGCAUAGCAAAGGUCUGUUUGAAUACCAUGUUUUGUAUUGUACAGUAUAUUAACACCAUAAAAUGGUAUAUGUUCUAAACCGUUGUGUGACCUUAAUGAGCUUCAUGAAUAGGCAACAUAAAAUUGUUAUGUACAUGUGUUAUUCAUUAUAAUUCAUUAUGAAUGUCGAGUAUUCAUUAUGAAAAUUGAAUUGCGCAUAUUGAUUCAAAAUAUGUGAUUGAGUUAUUAAUUAUGAUUUCCCUGUACAAUGGAUAUCAGUAUUGGUAGAUACUGUAUGAUAAUUUUGUCAAAGAGCAUCCACCGAUGUGAUGUUAUUUCAAUUAUACAGAGUGUCCCAAGAAAAACAAAAGGAUUUAUCGUUGUUUAAUCCCAUGUGAAUUAUAAACUAGUAUGAGUAUUCUGAAGGGAUUAUUCAUAUUUCUCAGUUUAUCACUAAUAUGCAUAUGGUGAAUAUAUACAUAAAGGAGUGGGGGAUUCGCACAACAAAAUACAAUACCGGUAUUUAUAGGGAAAAUUUUCAGUAUCUUACAUGAAGCCAUUCUUUUAAUUAAACAUUUUAAAGUUGUUCUCUUAAUAUCACACCCUAAUCAUACCUGUUUUACUACAUUGUCAUUUCAUUUAUCAAUUAUGUCAUGAAUUGUAUUAAAAGUUUUCAAUAUCACAGCUUAAAAUGCAGAUUUCAAAUGAUGGAACAUUAGUCCUAGAAGGGAUUAAUUUCUUGUGGGAUGCACUGUAUAAAUUGGAAUUUAAGAAGUGUGCCUGUUUGAUAGGUAAAUAUGUAUGAUCCAAGCUUUGUACAAUAGUAUUGUUACAGUAGAAUACACAGGUCAGCUAUUAUAACAACUUACAUUAUUAAAAAUGAUAUUGUUGAAUGAAUUGUUGUGUGACAUUUUGGCAAGGAAUAUUGUUCUUUGGAACCAAUGUAAACCUAAAAAAGUUGUAUUGUAUGGGUGUUUCUGUACCUGAAUUUGAAAUGAUUACAACCCUUUUUUUAAGAAGAGGCUCUUGUUAAAUACUCUAUUAGGACCUUGUAGGUUCUUUCACUUUGGGUCUAGUGUAUCUCAUGAUUAAGGCUAUAAAUAGAUUUAAGAACUUUUCAGGUUUCAGAAACUUUUGCCCUGGUCCUCUGGAUCUUCUGAACUCGUCAGAAGGUCAGUGACCACUGCAUGUUGUCAAUACCAACACCCGUUGGAUCUACUUUGACAGUUUUGUUCUUGGAGAUUAAUUCUCUUCCUCUUUUUCUUGAUAAUCCAAAUGAGAUUUUCUUGAUGCCUGAUAAUGUGGCUUGAGUAGUGUAUGUAAUAUGAUCUGUGAGGAAGUUCACGUUAUUGCCAUUUGAUGAUUGAAAUAGCCAACAUAGUCAGUACUACUUUAAGGGUCUUGUACAAGCAAAGUUCAGCAAUUGUUUGACAUGAAUGGUAUAGUGGAUCUAUGUUUAACCAUUGAUAUACAUUGUAUGCAUUCAAAAUUGACUAUAGUUGAUUUUAGGGAUACUGAUACAUGUGUUUGAAAAUAGGCUCUUUUUUAUUUGAAGAAGUUGCAUCAUAGAAUAAGAGAUGUAGUUGCUGCCAAGUGUGAAAAUAAUGCUGGUGCCUAGUAAAAUUGUGUUUUACCAUCAUAUUUCAUUUCAAAAAAUCAUUUCGUCCACAUAAUUUGUAUCCUGACAUCUGUCAUGGUACUAGUAAAAUGGAAUAUUUUGAUUAAUCUCAUGUUUAAUAUUACAUACCAUUAAAUAUUCAUAAAAGGAAUGGGAAAAGUCCAGCAGAAAUAGAAUUUACAGUGUAUUAUGAUGCAGGGAAUAAUUUUCCUGGUAUCGCAUCGCAAUUUACUCCACACUUUUAUAUGACUGACUUGACUCUUAGACAAAAUUUCUUUGGUGUAGCAAUUUUUUUUUUACAUGGGGCUGUACAGAUCAUAAUUGAAAGCUUUUCUCUAAUGAUCUGAAAUUCUGAUCAAAUUUGAGAUGUAAAAUUAUUCCAUGAUGAUGAUGUCAUGUUGUGACUUCAAAGUUUGAGAUGACUUGAAAAAAUGAUGGAAAUAUUCACUUUUCAAGUUCAGUCAAACAUGUCUUAGCAGCCACCUGUCUCGAUGAUGAAAACCUGCCUUUAGGGGCCAUCUAAAUUGUCUCCCAUCUGAAAAGAAUAUAUAUAUUAGACUCUAAAUUCCAAGGAAAUAGUGUAAAUCCAGAUCGGCUGUGAAUAGUGACUAGCCAAAUAUUAGAUUUAGUUUUAAACCUUGUAGAUUUAAAUAUAAAUCUAAAAGAUUUUAAUUUAAAUCUUUUGAGAUUUGAAACUUAAUCCUAAAGAUUUAAAAUAAAUCCAACCUUCAGCUGGUCAGAGCCGAUUUGGAUUUAUUUAAAUCCUUGGAAUUUAGAGUGUAUAGAACCACCGUCUCCAGUGGCCACUAUUUUUUCCCCUUGGAUGGCCUUAAAUCUUAAUGGACAGUUUUGCCUGUAUAUGUAUAUUUAACAUGAUGAUUAAUCUAGAACUUGUUAAGUGGAUCAUUGUUAACUUUUUGAAUAUAUGUUUUACCACCGCACUAUACCUUUUGUUGGACGCUUAUCUUCAGUUUUAGAGUCAAUGGAUCAUUUUAUUUUACAAUCCCUUAUUAUUUUUUUUUUAGUUUUUCACUGUAGUCUAUACAUUUUAUUUUUUUUUAGUUGAAAAAUAAUAUCUAACAUUUAUUUUUUUAUGUUAAGUAUUGUUUUUAAUUUUUGUGUUUUAGUGAGUUGGUUGUGGUUUAUUUAUGCAUAGUGUAUUGAACAACAUAAGAAAAUAGUAUUUCUAAUUUCAUGUUUUGUAGUAUUUUCUAUAGCAACCAACCACUUUGAGUUUGAAAUACAAAAUAGAAUAGAUUUAUAGGUGACAUCAUGGCCUUAUAUCCCUUUACUAUCUAUUUGCCUCUCAAAAUAUUAAAGUGUGCUCUUGGGUGUGCCAUUAUUUAAGGUUAAAUUCAGUUACUAUUACAUAGACAGCACACAAUGCACCAAAAAUAAAUUAUCUAUAAAAAAAGAGAUAUAGAAUUGAAGUGAUGAAGGAAAGGAAGGAAGGAAAUUCAUUGAUAAAGAAGUGAUUGGAUAUAUUGAUUCUAUUGAUUGAAUGAAUGGGAAAAAAUAUUUCCAUAACCUCUUUCUCAAAAUUAGGGCAUGGAGACAUUAACAGAAGUGCGUCAGCAUCCUAUUUUUAGUGUAUGUUCGUAACAACACAUUUCAAUUGAGGUGGGUGAUCUUUUGUUCAUGACAGAUUUGUGACCUAUUUUUCUGAAGUUGUAGUUGUAGGGCACAUUUUCACUGCUGGUGAGUGAUGGGUGGAGCUAUCCAUGGACAUGCCCUAAUUAUGACCAAUUAGGUGUAUGUGAUACUUUCUAUUUUCAGUCAAUAAAAAAAAUCGAUACCUUCAUCAAUUCUUCAACUUUAUGAAUUUAUCCACUGUCACUUUGCGAUGGAUAGUGACAUCAAUCACCAGUGCUUGUGAUCUCUAACAAUAACAACAACAACAUCAAUCUUGCCCAAGUCAAAUUCGUACCGUAGUCAAAGCAUUGCAUGAUUCUUUGAUUUGGUUUACCCAUUCAAGUCAAAUUUUAUCUUUAGAAGUUGUCUAAAUAUGGGUUUGGAACUUUGGGUGGAAGAGAUUGCAUUGCUGCUAUACUUUAGGCCACAUGACUUGAAACUUGAAAGCAUGUAUAUGUAUAUGACAAUGCUUUUUUAAUAUUAUAUGACCGCCAAUAAAAAAAAAAAGAAUUAAGUGUAAAUAUAUAAUGUGAUGUUAAUUGUUUUAUUGAAUAGAAAAGGCAGAAAAUACAUUAGUGACCAAAGUUGAGAGAGCGUUUAAAGGGAUAACUGUCAUGUUAAAGAAUGGUACAGAGUACAGAGAGUUUCUUGUAAAUAUGUAUUGAUAGAAUGUAUUCUAUGUAAGAAAUGCUAACAAAACAAAAAACAGUGAAAAAAGAAUGAAAAAUGUAUUGUCUUUUGUAAGGAGUAAUUAAAAGGGGCUGGCCCCUAUUAAAAAUGGGCAGUGAUGCCAAAUAGCAAUCAUUGCUAAUGUUUGGUUGUAUGCUUCCCGAGUAAAGAUUUCAAUAUUUGCUUAUUUUGGUCAAAAUGUUGUGCCAUUUAAUAAUGAAACAUUGAUUUUUAUAUAUUUUUGGGGGGUCAUGUGACAGUCACUGAGAACAAUUAUUUUGUUUUGGUUAGAGGGUCAUUAUUCUUGGUCAUUAGUGAAUAUUUAUGAAUUCAGAAAGGCUAAAGGACAUUACUUAUUGUCUGAAUUGAGGUAGAAAGCAAAUGAGAGAACAAUUUUGCGAUGCUCUUGAUUAAUGCUGCAUUUCCAAGCUUAGAAAAAUGAAAUCAUGUAGUUCUUUUCAAACUUGUUCAAUUAUAGGAGGUUGUCUAGGCAUUCUUAACCAAGCAGAAGGUGCACAAAUCUUGAUUUAAAAAAAAAACGUUUUAUUUCCUAUAAGAAAGAAAAUGUACCCCCCCUUUUUUUUUGGGGGGGGGGGACUUAUUUUAGUUCAUGAAUAAACAUGAAAUUAAUGGUGGUUUGUUAUACUUUAGCAACUUUUCGUUACAAGCCCUUUAAUUUCACUAAAAAACAGCAAAUAUAUAGGCCUAUCUAAUGAUUGGCACAAAGUAUUGUAUUACAGAUGUCUAGAUUUUGAUGUACAUGUAUGCAAGUAGCAGUGACCAAUAAUUAUAGCCACAUUUUCCAAAGGAUGCUUCACAAGCAUUCUAAUAUUUCUCUCAGUAUUGUUCAUCUAAAAGGGUUAAGUCAGUAAUAAGUCUCAGAAUCAAUCAGAGGGCUUGCAAUUGAUUGCUGUUCUGCUUACUACAAAAAAUGUAAAUUGAUUAUGUUUAUUUACAAUUGAUCAAUCAAUUGCAAAUUUACAUGUGAUAUUGAAUAUCAAUUGCAAGCACAUUUUUUGUUGUUGCGAAUACCCCAUUAAUCUCGUUUAAUACUAUGAAGUGUACUUGUUAUUGUUCUGUAUAAUCGGUUAUUGACAUCUUACAAUUCUAAGUUUCAUUCUUAGAUUCCUGUUUUACUUAGUAUGACUAUGAAGUUUAUUAUUAGGAGUGUUUGUUUUUAGGUAAAUAUAAUCUCUAUUUGUUUUACUAGCAUGGUUGUUUGAGUAUUUUGGGUGGUUUAUGAUUUUAGGAUGUAGACAGGAGGCCUAAGCAAGGUUGUCAUAAAAAAUAAAUCUGCUUUUAGAGUCAUUUUGGUAAUUGAUAGUGACAGAGCAAUUAUUAGGUUUUUUUUUAUUAUGCUUUGUCUCUCUAAAAAAGCUACCAAAUAAUAAAAUUAUUAUUCAUUCUACAUUCUGUGCUAAUGGUUUGUGGCUUGGUAUUUAUCCCAAGUUCAUUUUGAUUGGUGCAUUGAGAGUCGUUUUUUUUUUCAUUGCUUAGCAGCUCAUCUUGUGCACUUAUUACGUUGUAUGUAUUAAACCUGGAAAAUUGUAUCAAUAAACUUGUCUCUUGUAUUAAAAGAAAAGACAAUA